CCCAGCGCCCCGGCAGGGCGGCCCUGCCCCACCGCCAGGGGGUUUAAGAAGGCUAAAACUUCACUGGAACUGUAACAAGGAUGGACAGUUACUUUAAAGCUGCAGUCUGUGACUUGGAUAAAUUGCUUGAUGAAUUUGAACGGAGUGCAACAGAUGAAUGUGAUUGCUACAGAACACCUCAAAAUCCGUAUGACUCAAAACACCAUUCACUUUCUUCGGUUCUGGAUUGCUUGCAAUGUGUAUACCCAACACCAAAAUGGCAAGAGGAUGCUGACAGUUGUACUUCAUCAGAAGAAAUCUCUCUGGCUAGCCACACUGGAACAAGUGAAGAGCUUCUGAAUUACUCACAACAAACUGAGAAGGGCAUUGCUGGGCCUGAUCUUUUGUCUACUGUGGACAGUGGUUCCUUAAGUGAACUUCAAGCAUCAAAUCUAGGGAGGUUUAGUAUACCUGUGUGUGAUCUUGUUAAUGACACAGGUAACUUGGUCCAUUCAGUGGCUGCUCAUGAAGAUGCUCAAAAGUUGCAGCCAGAUGACUUCCAGUACAGGGAAGGUUUGAUUUGCUUUGGCACAUCUCCCAUACCUGUUCCUACUUGUGUGUCAUCAGCUGGAUGUAGCAGUGUAUCAAGUACAGAGCACAGUGAUGGAGGCUUGAUGCUAGAAGAUUCAGGACAUCUUAAAACAGAGGAGAUUAAUCAUUCAGCUUUAGAAUUGGACAGUUACACUACAACAGAGAUCACAGGUCUGUGUGAUGGCCAACAUAGGACAGAGUUGAAGUGCAGUGGAGAAUCUGAUCAGCAUGAACAAACUGCUCAUCUUAAUACUCCAUGUGUCCCUGUAGCGUCACAGAAUUUGGAUGUGUGUAGUCCCAAAGAUGAGAAAGCAUGUGAAAAAUUGCCCUGUGAACCACAAGAUGAAAGUGCACACUCUCCUGUAAGCAAAGAGAUAGAUGGAAGAAGUGCCAUAGGAGAGGUAGACUCAAAAGAGGAGAGCGAUGUUGAAUCCAUUCCUUCAGAUCUGACAAAGAGGUCUCAGUUACACAAAAGCCAUACAGCAUUACCGGGAAGUUGUACUUUACCAGGCUCCUCAUGUCAAACAGGAGCUAAAGUAGAACUGGAAGAGAAAAUCACAGAAGAGAAUGUAGGUAAUAAGGAACUUCAUAGCCAUGAAAUACUAAACACUGUUUCAAGUUCAGUAGAGGAUGUCCAGACCUCACUCUCAUGUCUUCCACUUCCUGUGUCUCUAUGUGGUUCAUUAGUUGCAACAGAAGAAAAAAUUAAUCCUUUACCUCAAAAAGAAAUGGCAGAGGUUAUUAGUAAUAUUUUAACUGUUCAUACUGUAAAGCCUAGCACUGAUCUCUCUAUCAGGGAAUCCUGUGAAAACACCGACUUCCAUGAACAGGAAGCAUGUACAGCAAAAGUUGAUGAAAAUGUUGUGGAAAAAAGUAUAGAUGGAGAGAAGUAUGACACAGAGAAUGUCAUUGAUGACAGUGAUUCUCAGCAAAUCAAAGAUUUUGCUUCUGGUCUUCUGGAAUAUGAAGCUGAGCCAUACUGUGUUCAUAUAGACUCUGACUGCAAUGGAAGUAUGAGCCCUGUUAUGGCUGACUUCACUGUCGAGGAGAAUGUUAUUAAAAGUGAUACUCUAAUAAGUGAUGCUGAGCUCGAUGCUUUCUUGUAUGGACAAAGUCUUCAGCCCAAUGUGUUGAAAUCUUCAGAUAAUGAUAGUAUCUUAGUGGAAGCUGAUGCAGAUGAAGGGAAUCUAACAAAUGUGAACAACCUGGAUUUCACAGAGGUCACUGAGGAGCAUAUGCAAGCAAAGCUGGACAAGAUAACAAGUGUUAAUAGUAAUCUUAAAGUAUCUCUUACUGCCAAUGAAUCAGACUCUGCAACAGAAGAGACUGUGUCUCACAUUCAGGACAUGACUGAGAGUGGUAGUGAAGCACUAGUUUCUAAUGUUCAUAGUGAAGGAGCAAGACCAAAGCAGUUGCUUGGCCUUUCCCCAGGAACUGUUGUUCAGAGACAAUUGAACAGAGCAGAUGUACUUGAGAGAGAAAACCAGGAAGCCAGUUCUGUUACCCCAGAAGUUCCCAUCUCAGGCACCAGUGUGAAGGUUGGUAAAAAUUCUGACCCUGUGUUUUCUAGAGAAAGCAGCUCUGAAGCUGGAGAAAAUCAACCAUCUAAAAAUGCAGCAUCACCUAAAAUACCUGCAACUCUCUCAUGGAAACAACCAUUAUGGGUUCCUGAUUCAGAAGCACCCAACUGCAUGAACUGCCAAGUCAAGUUUACAUUUACGAAAAGACGACACCACUGCCGUGCAUGUGGAAAGGUUUUUUGUGGUGGCUGUUGCAAACAAAAAUACAAACUACAAUUCUUGGAAAAGGAAGCAAGGGUCUGUACUGGCUGCUUGGAUUCUAUUAAAGCACAGACAUUUGAAAAGAUGAGUUCAACUGAUCCUGAACCCAGUUCCACUACUUCCUGUGAGCUUUCUGCUGCUGAGUCACCUACCAGGGAAGCCCAGGCACCUAAUAUUUUUGCUACACCUCCUUCACCUAUGGCACAACUUCAACGACCCGGAAUUGAAGAUGUGUGUCCCAGAAAAGAGAAGAAGAAGAUUACUUUUGUGAGUUAUCCUUCAGAUGCCAAAACAGAAGAUGCAAGAAGACUUCCAUCUACAGCACAGAGAUUACCACCAAAUGCUGCAAAACCAAAGGCAGAUAAUGUAUCAACUAACGUGAAUCCAAAACCUGUUCAAAAAGUUAAUCUAGUUACAAGAAUGAAGAAAUUACCAUCUUCUUUCUCUUCAUCUGGUGCACCGCAAGCUGUUGCACGCCCAGUCAAGGCAGCACAAAAACACACCAAAAAGCGGCAUCCUACUGCAGAAGCUGCGAGCACUAGUUACAGUUCAGUUCCUCAGGCUGCAGGUGUUACAUCACCCAGCCCUUCCCGUUACAGAAAACUCUGUGGUGUUGAAAAUUGUGUCAGUAAAGCAAUCAGCCUUGUUCGUGAUGGAGAUCAACUGCCACCGCUACUGCUUGCAGUGAGGGAGAAAGGAAAAGAUCCUCUGGUGGACAAGCAGCCGUCUCGCCAGCGGGUCAUCUUUCUCCUUGUGGAAGGCAGUCCUUACCCAGUAACUUUCAUCCUAAAUGCAAACUUGCUUGUAAAUGUCAAGCGCAUGACUUAUUGUUCCGUAAAGUGCUGGUAUUUCUCAACGACUGGACUACAUGGCUUGGGUCAGGCGGAAGUUAUCGUUCUGUUGCAGUGUUUGCCAGAAGAAGAAAUGUUUCCGUCUGACAUGUUAAAAUUAUUUAUUGACAUCUAUAAGGGUGCCAUGAAUGGAAAUUUAAUAAAAAACAUGGGAAAUAUUACAUUUACUGAAAAGUUCUUUGGUACAGAAGACUGGGGAGGAUUCCUGUUUGUUUCCCCAACUUUCCAGAAAUUUGAUGAGCAGAUUCUACCAGACAAACCCUAUCUCUGUGGCAUUCUCAUCCAUAAGCUGGAAGUACCCUGGCUGAAAGUUUUUCCAAGCAGGUUAUUGCUGAGCUUGGGAGCAGAAUUUGGGAUGCUUCCAGUGCCUCUACUAAGUGUCAGAAAGCGGAAACCAGUAUUUACAGAGCUGGGAUUCACAGUUUUUCAAGUACUUGGUUAUUUCAGAAAUGAUCAGUUAACUGUGAAUACCAUAGACAACUUGUUUGUUCAUCUGGAAGACAAUAGAUGCUGUGUCAAAAUACCCCUAAGAAAGUAUAAUGAGGUAAUGAAGGUGAUAAAUUCCUCUGAUGAAUAUGCAAUUACUAUAGGAGCAACUCCUAGUAAUGAGGCAGAUUCUUUCUUAGCGUGUGUGCAGGAUGACAGUGGCAUCUAUCAAACUAAAACAGUCAGUGUUACUAGAAGUCGUGGGACAGUUACCAGUGCAAGUUUUGUGAUGUUCAAGGAGUUAACUGCACUUUCAAGACUCUCAGCUAAAUACUGUACAAUUGAAGAUGGAAUAAUAGUGCAGGUAACAAGAGAAAUCUUGCAAAGCUUACGUGAGGCAUUAACAGACAAGAAGGACUAUAAAAUUACUUGUUCCAAAACAAAUAGCAAAGUAAAGAAAUUUAUAGAUAUUUUCUGGGUAAGAGAUGAAGACCAAACAAACAAAAGAAUUUUCAGCCCUGUGGAUGGACUACCAAUGGAAGGAACUCUGAGUGAAAACAUAUUCCAGGCCGGAAACUUUGAAGGGACGGAGAAAGCUCUGAACUGUGCUGGGGUAUACUAUUUUGUGAACAACUAUGAGCUGACCAAUCCUGCUCUUCGCCUACUUGCUGAAGAGAUUGCUGCUGGCUGCAGUACUGCUCUUUGCCCACACCUUAACAGCUUGAAAGAUAGUGGGAUGAAUAAAAUAAGCAUAAGAAUUUCUGUUGCUGCGGAUACGGUCGAGUACACCGCUGGAUCUGAGUGUUGCCUUCUUCCAAAGAGGUAUCUAAAUAAAUUGGACAGUACCCUGGUUCCUGCGAUUCAUAGCAGGAUGUCAGAUCCUGCAAGUCUACCACUGAAGUUGGAAUUAGUGUUUUUCAUUGUGGAACGUCUGCAUUGAGGCUGAUUACAGGAAAUACACCGAUUUGCUAUAUCUGAACACCAAAGUUUUGAUGCUACACACACUAAAAGCAUUGAAGGUUUUAAACCUAUGAUGUUUCAAUAGAUUUUUUUCAAACUGUUUUUCAAAACCCUCAAGUCCCCUCUGGUUAUCUUGCCACAGAAGAAUUGCAGGUUUUAAUGUUUCCUGAAGUUCUGGAAGUUUACACUUAAUGCAGGUGCAGAAAAGGGCAGGUUUUUGUUUACCUCUUCACAUAGCUGUAGCAUUUAUUAUAUGUAGUGCGACCUUAAGCCAUACUGUCUUGCCUCUUAACCUCAGAUAAAUGUGUUACUAAAAUUUGCUGUGGCUACAUCUAAUCUCUGCAGCAUAUACUUCUGGAGUAGAAGCUGGCACAAAAUUGCUUUCCUGACACGUAAGAUUUGAGUGUUUGAGAUCUGUAGCUGAUUGCAGGUUUCUGGUCGGCACGAAGAAUUGUGUAGGUGUCUUUGGAGGCCUUAAUGGUAGGAUUUAGUGCUGGUGCUGCAAGAAUAUAUGCUCUGAAUCAGUUCUACAGAAUAACUGAUUUUUCUUGUAUUUAUCUAACUGAAAUAGAUACUAUUUUCGUAAAUACUGUUUUCUUUCUCUUUACUGUCUGCUUGGAAGUCCAGAUAUAGUUUGACCUUUCAAGGAUCAGUGUAAAACCAGAUUGUCCUUGAUGUAAUCUACAUUUAGCAAUAAGUCAGACAAGAAUUCUGCAAUAUCUUUCCUGCUUCAUGCCUUCUGCUUUUGCCAUCUCCUAGAAGCCACCUUUCCUUUCAGGGAGAAUUGGUGUAUUAAGUGUGAAUUUUCAUUAACAGAUUGAUUAUUAUUUUUUUUUCAUAUACCAGAAGUUCUUCUAUAGUAAGUAUUUUUGAUAUCUGGGCAUUAAGAUCUAUUUAUGUAUUUGUGAGACGUGAUUUGUACUGAGGUCCAGCAAACUAUGAGUUGGGUUUGGUGACGGUCAACACCACUGUCAUACAUGAAGAACAGAACCAAAACAAACCAUAUAUAAGAUCUAUAGUGUUUUCAGUAAAAAUGCUGGUACUAUUUUAUAGUAAGAUAAUUAAAAUUUUGAUGCCUUCAUAAUGCUGAUAGGGGAUAUUUUGUGGUUUUGUAUAAAAAACAGUUUGUUACUUAACUUAAUCUGAUCUGCUGUAAUCUAUGCCUC